GCGUCGCAGGGCCGGGGUCGCGGCCCGCAGCGAGACUUGAAUGGGGGGCUGCGGCUGCAGGACCCCAGGAGGUUCCGAGACGGCUUUGGAGGGUCAGGGUGGGAGGCGUGUGGGUCACGGGUCGGGGGUGACGGGGCUGGCGUCCCAAGGGGGAAGGGAACGGGUGGGGGGCAGCCUAGGCAGGGGCGAAGGUGACAGUUCCCGGCUGGGCACGCUGCCGCCGCCUCUCCUGCAGUCUGAGGACCAGGAGGAGAUCCAGGAAGCAGUCCGCACGUGCAGCCGUCUCUUUGGGGCCUUGCUGGAGCGGGGAGAGCUGUUUGUGGGCCAGCUGCCCUCUGAGGAGAUGGUCAUGACAGGGUCCCGGGGAGCCACACGGAAGUACAAGGUGUGGAUGAGACACCGCUAUCACAGCUGCUGCAAUCGCUUGGGAGAGCUCCUGGGCCACCCCUCCUUUCAGGUCAAGGAGCUGGCCCUCAGCGCACUCAUGAAGUUCGUGCAGCUGGAAGGAGCGCACCCCCUGGAGAAGUCCAAGUGGGAAGGCAACUACCUGUUCCCCCGAGAGCUCUUCAGGUUGGUGGUAGGAGGCCUGCUCUCUCCUGAGGAGGACCAGAGCCUGCUCCUGUCCCAGUUCCGGGAGUACCUGGACUACGACGACACCCGCUACCACACCAUGCAGGCAGCCGUGGAUGCCGUGGCCCGGGUCACUGGCCAGCACCCCGAGGUGCCCCCCGCCUUCUGGAACAACACCUUCACGCUGCUGUCCGCUGUGAGCCUGCCCCGCCAGGAGCCCACCGUCUCCAGCUUCUAUGUGAAGCGCACGGAGCUGUGGGACACCUGGAAGGUCGCUCACCUGAAGGAGCACAGGAAGGCUUUCCAGGCCAUGUGGCUCAGCUUCCUCAAGCACAAGCUGCCCCUCGGCCUCUACAAGAAGGUGCUGCUGAUUGUGCACGACGCCAUCCUGCCACAGCUGGCCCAGCCCACGCUCAUGAUCGACUUCCUCACCCGCGCCUGCGACCUUGGGGGGGCCCUCAGCCUCUUGGCCUUGAACGGGCUGUUCAUCUUGAUUCACAAACACAACCUGGAGUACCCCGACUUCUACCAGAAGCUCUACGGCCUCCUGGACCCCUCCGUCUUUCACGUCAAGUACCGCGCCCGCUUCUUCCACCUGGCUGACCUCUUCCUGUCCUCCUCCCACCUCCCUGCCUACCUGGUGGCCGCCUUCGCCAAGCGGCUGGCCCGCCUGGCCCUGACGGCUCCCCCUGAGGCCCUGCUCAUGGUCCUGCCUUUCAUCUGUAACCUGCUGCGCCGGCACCCUGCCUGCCGGGUCCUCGUGCACCGUCCACAUGGCCCUGAGCUGGACGCCGACCCCUACGACCCUGGAGAGGAGGACCCAGCCCAGAGCCGGGCGUUGGAGAGCUCCCUGUGGGAGCUUCAGGCCCUCCAGCGCCACUACCAUCCCGAGGUGUCCAAAGCUGCCAGCGUCAUCAACCAGGCCCUGUCCAUGCCCGAGGUCAGCAUCGCGCCACUGCUGGAGCUCACGGCCUAUGAGAUCUUUGAGCGGGACCUGAAGAAGAAGGGGCCCGAGCCGGUGCCGCUGGAGUUUAUCCCAGCCCAGGGCUUGCUGGGACGGCCGGGUGAACUCUGUGCCCAGCACUUCACGCUCAGCUGACCCUGGUCCACCUGUGAAUAAAUCUCAGCUGACCCCGGCCCACCUGUGAAUAAAUGUUUUUGCAGGA